AUGCUUUCCACGACUCUUCUUCAGUCCCUUGUUCUGCUCGUCGCCGGCGCGAGUCUUUCGUCGGCAAGCCCCGUUUGGCCGCACUACUCGAUCGACAGUGAGCACCUCGAAGUCCUUCACAUGAGGGCCUCGACGUCGGUGAAUCCGGCAGCGGUAUCGGGCGUGGAGUGCAUUGACCGAAAUACAAACAUCGUGUUCCACGAUCAAAACGUAGCAGAACUUGCUAUCUGUGGAGGCAUCGCAGGGUCUAUCCAGAAGUGCGGCGGUGCGCCCAAGACCACGACUGGUCGAUCCGGCAGCGCCGAGUUCAAGCUGAGCGCGGCGACAUCCGGCGCUACGAUCAACAUCUCCAAGGGCCGAUGGGAGCAAUGUAUUCGCGCGGCCAGGGCUGUCUGCCCGACAGGCAGCAUGAAGGGUACGUGUGCAGGCGGCGCAUCAAGCGGCAACGUGGACUUCACGCUCGACUCGCCGUUGUAA